CCAUCAGAGAAAGGACACUGAUUCAUCAGAGAAUUUACAUACAGACUCUGAGGAAAAUACUUUUCAAAAUAGUAAUUUUGUCUCAAGCCAGAAAAUCCACACAGGAGAGAAACUUUUCUCUUGUACAGAAUGUGGGAAAGAAUAUUCUGAUAAGUCCAGCCUUCACAGACACAUGAAAAUCCAUACAAGAGAGAAACCUUUCACUUGUACAGAAUGUGGCAAAAAAUUCUCUCAUGAGUCCACCCUUUACCGACAUCAGAAAACCCACACAGGAGAGAAACCUUACUCUUGUACAGAAUGUGGGAAAGAAUUCUCUGAAAAGGCCCACCUUUCUAAACACUAUAAAAUCCACACAGGAGAGAAACCUUUCUCUUGUACAGAAUGUGGGAAAGAAUUCUCUGAUAAGUCCAGACUUCACAAUCACCAUAAAAUCCACACAGGAGAGAAACCUUUCUCUUGUACAGAAUGUGGGAAAGAAUUCUCUGAGAAGUCCAGCCUUCAACAUCAUCAGAAAAUUCACACAGGGCAGAAACGUUUCUCUUGUACAGAAUGCGGGAAACAAUUCUCUAAUAAAAGCAACCUUCGUACACACCAGAAAAUCCACACAGGGGAGAAACCUUUCUCUUGUACAGAAUGCGGGAAGGAAUUUUCUCAUAAAAUACACUUUUACUCACAUCAGAAAAUCCACACAGGAGAGAAACCUUUCUCAUGCACAGAAUGUGGGAAAGAAUUCUCUCGUGAGUUCAGCCUUCGCAUACACCAUAGAAUCCACACAGGAGAGAAACCUUUCUCUUGUACAGAAUGUGGGAAAGAAUUCGCUGAUAAGUCCAACCUUCACAAUCACCAGAGAAUCCACACAGGAGAGAAACCUUUCUCUUGUACAGAAUGUGAGAAAGAAUUCUCUCAUAAGUUCAGCCUUCACAAACACCAGAAAAUCCAUACAAGAGAGUAACCUUUCUCAUGUACAAAAUGUGGGAAAGAAUUCUCUGAUAAGUCCAACCUUUGUAGACACUAAAAUCCACACAGGAGAGAAACCAUUCUCCCCGGAACAGCGAGUAUUCCAAUUCAAUACACGCAUCUUUUCCUGGCUGCUGGAUUCAUCUAUUCCAUGCUUCACUUGGGCAAGUUGUGAAUAGUGCACUUCUUCCAAACCACUGAGGAAGCUUGCCAGUGGCUCAACAACCCGUGGUGCAACUGAUAUGAGCAUCUCAUGGUUAGUAGGGCCUACUUAUGUUUACCCUACAUGCCUACUGCACAACAGCUACAGAUUAUGCACAAUGAGACUGUUUGGUAAGUGCGGGAACUCAGGGAAAAGGCGUAACAAGCCUAUUGGCUGUUUCGUUUAUUUGAACUUGGCUACAACGCACAAAUUUGGCCUCCAUAUAAGACUGUAGGUCAACCAGUGCAGAGUGGUACAUAUAGUGGGCAAAACAAUGCACAGGAGGAUUGAAUACCCAUUGGAGUAGUACUCAACAUAGAUGAUGCUUGCGUACACUGCUUAAAUCUAAUACAAGGCUAAACUGGUGCCUCAAAAGCAGUGAAGCUAUUGGAGCUCCAAAAAUACUCAAUGCAGUAUUUGAGGUCCAACUCUCCCUGGGAUUACAAAUUCUAAGCAGAUGCCAGUAAGCAGACUCUUAUAGGAAAAAGUGGAUAAGAUGACAUUGGUACUAUGGACAAGGAUUUUCAUCGCUGUUCAUUAACCUGGGCACACUGUUAAGCUGGAAACUAAAAGUAACAAGGUGCAUGCCGGACAUAGGGCAAAUGGUCUUCAAGAUCUAGCUAUUGUAAUAUCACCUGGAAAGGCU